AUGGCCCCAAAGAAGAGAAUCGCCAUUAUCGGCGCGGGUGCUGCUGGCAUGUCAUGCGCUUCUACUCUAGCUAAACAUCCGGAAUUCGCAGUCACUCUCAUCGACACAGAGGGCUACACUGGCAGCCAAGCAACUUCCAUUGAUAUAGAUGAAUCAACACAUGGCGCCAGUUGGUUGAAUGAUGGCGUUCAAGGGAGUUCGCAGAUUUUCCGGCAUACAUUUCAAUUCUUCCGUCGCUAUGGCUAUGAGCCUCAACCGGUGAAGCUUCAAGCGGCCUUUGGAAAGGGCAAAAUCUUUUGGACCGAUGUCUUUCCCAGUCAUUUGGUCGACGAACAUUCAUCCGAGAUCAAGAAGCUGUCGCGAGUCCUAUCCUGCAUCAAAUACUUGAUGUCCAUUCUAGGAAUCAUGCCAGUCAAGACCAUUCUACGACUAUUCUGCUUUAGCAGUGACUUCAGCAACAAGAUGGUCUUGCCUCUUUUGGUUUUGUUCUUGAGAACGGGAAAAUAA